AUGUGGAAGGGCGAAACUUUCCAUCUCGAACUAUCACACUAUUGGUUGUACGCCGAAGCUUUCAAACGCAGUCAUUCACCAGAUUCACCAGAUACUAGCUAUUGUAGCACGCAUUGCUGCUCGCCAAGGAUUUCUCCUUGUCAAGGACUUCUACCUAGUCCUAGUACUUGUAACCUGCAAAAAUAG